CAUGGAGAUCUUUCACAAUCAGAUCCCUCGAAAUUUGUCGCAAACAUCACCUUACCUGUAUCGUCUUGGAGCAUUUUAAUUCUGUUGCAUUGCAGCACGCGUCGACAUUUACGGUUCGAGCAGGAUGAGGCUGCCAACGGCGGUCGAUGGAGCCAUGCACGACUACUCCACUUGAUAUGAGCAGCUGAGCUUUGUCCUUGUCUGAUCUUCCCAGUCAUGGAUCCUAUAACUAUCACUACCUCAAUUUUCGGUCUCCUUAAAGCUACCGAAACAAUUGCCGGCUACCUGGGCCCAUACGUCUCAGCUGCAAGAGAUACGUCGCAGAUCGUCAGACAGGUUCACUCCGAGGUAGUAUAUACCCGCACUACCCUCUUGGCAUUAGAAGGUCUUAUCAAAAAUAUUUCAUCUGUCCCAGUGAGGCGUGCCGCUCUCAUCCAAGUCGACCAGCUAGUAGCAGUAUUCACAGAUGGAGUACUUCUGUUCUCAGAGCUAGAAGCUUCCUUGCCAUCGCCGCCAUCAGCCGAGUCAAGCACGUCACGCCUGCCUAUUCUGUCGCGGUUAAAAUGGGCGAGGAAAGAAAGCACCUUCACUUCAUUGUUCACGAGGCUGCAGGGGUUCAAGGGCUCCAUCUCAUUGAUGUUGACCAUUCUCCAAAGCGACUCCGAUUCUCGGGCCGCUGAGAACCAAAAGCAAUUGUCAGAGAAUGUUGCAGCUCUUCUAGAGAGCAAUCGAUCCUUGUACCUGCGAUUGCUGAACUUGGAAGAUGCCCUUGAAGUGCGCACCAUCCGGGCCAUCGAUGAUGGAAAUGCUUCUUCAAUGAAACAGCAGCCAGACGAAUCGAUCGCGGGGCCAACUUUCGACUUUGAAAAUGAUCUUGAGACUUCAAGGGUCUACCGGAAAGCGCAACGAGAGAGCAUGGACUUUUCUUUUCGGAGUUCUAUAGCACGCACGAACGCUUGGUCCGUCUUCUCAGGCCUCAGUCUGAGCGAUGUGUCCAACAUCUCAGUAAUAGCAUUGCCCUUGUACCGAGAAGAUAUCGAAAAUGCUCAGCAUUAUGGAUGUACCAGUCCUCCAGCUGAACCGAUCACGACGCCAACUACUGCUCGUGGUCCGAAAUCUCUGUGUGAAGAAUGUCUCGAGCUGGAGCUGCGCCUAUCUCGAAUACCUGGGAUUCCAGAGUAUUUCGAAAAAGUGACAGAUGACCACUUGGAAGAGGAUCCCUUGACACGUCUCAUUCUGGUCUUGAGACAAGGCCUACCUUUAUUGAUGAUUUUAGAAAAAUUCCAAGGGUUUGAACAUUGUACCGAAGUGGGUAGCGAUUAUAACGAUCCAUUGAAGUUACCAAAAGCGGCCACCUACAAGUUUAUUUCGACAUGUGUCCAUCAGGAUGGUCUUAGACUCGCGCCUGACAAAUGUUUCUCAGUGAGCGAGCUCUUCGGCCACGACUCAACAGGAUUCAUGAAGGUCAGCUCUAUUCCAUGUACAGAAUCUAGUAGCACUUUUCAAAUUUUAUCAUACAGGUUGUUAGGGUCGUUGAUUGGGUACUUGACCUACUCGAUCUUCAAAAUGACGCUGAACGUAUCGACCUCACAACCCACCUUCCUGAGCAAAAACAUGCGCUAGGAUAUCCUUCUAGGGACGCUAUCAUAGAAGAUUUUCUCGUCAGCGAGCGUAUAUAUGUUGCCAAAAUGGAGCAACUCGGCCAGUUCAAGGAGAAAUUCGACCAGGAUAGUAGAUUUUCUCAGACGCAUCACUUCCUUCGCAUUAUUUUUAGCUGGUCUUUACCUAUAGUUUUGGAUGCUCAGAGGCAAUUACUUCUCCAAAUGGAAAUGACUGCGCGCAAACCCUGGGAAGAGCAAAGAUGGGGAAAGCCUUUUGAAAUUUGGUCCCGCAUAUCUUCGUUUUAUACUAGCUUCAUCGUUGCCGAGAAGAGAGCAAAAGAGUCGAUUAGGACUAUUCUUGUGAAGCAAGAGUGGUCUCGAAAUGAGGGUCUGAGAUUGGUCUUCACGACGUCACUGCAGCUGCUUUCUCUCCCUCAUCAAUGCUUGCCAAAAUUUCUUGCAUUUCUUCUGGUACGUUCUGUCUUGCCAUG